GUUUAUUAUACAUGCAGUGAUCUAAAUAUCAGGUUUCUCUUUAUUAAUGUUUAUGUGCAGUUGAAUGAUAACAAUUUAACUUUAACAGAAGGGUGUAGGACACCAUACUACGUUAGUUGUAAUCAGUUGGAUUUUGUCUUAUAUCAAUUGUAAUCAUAUGAAUUUAACUGUUUUAAACAAGCGACUGAUAUGAACUGUAGACAAAUGUAAUCAACAAUCAAAGAAUUGGAUAGCAAAAAUGGCAAGUCCUGUGUCGCCUAAAGGAAACACGAAACCGAGAAUACAACUUGUUAGAAAAGUUUACAAAGGAAUUUUAAUGUUUGAAAAUGAAAUCGAGGAAAUUCAACACAUGGAUACGAGAGAAGAUGAUAUCUGGGUUAUCACUUAUCCAAGGUCAGGUACUACAUUAACACAAGAAAUGGUAUAUCUCAUUCAAACACUAGACUUUGACACAGCAAAUAAAGUACAGUUAGAUGAACGAUUUCCAAUGGUUGAAGUUAAAGACGACAGAUUCCCCUAUUAUAAAGGACUGAAAUUCAUUGAAGACAUGAAGUCACCCCGAAUGAUCAAAAGUCAUCUUCACCAUUUCCUAUUGCCAACACAGCUACAAAAUGGAAAGGGAAGGAUAAUAUAUAUGGCGCGUAAUCCCAAGGAUGUUGUCACAUCUUUUUAUCGGCUUAUGCAGUGGGGAGACCAGCUUGUUGAAGGAGAUAAAACUUUCAACCAGUUUGUUGAUGCUUUUGUGGAAGGAAAAGGGUAUGCAUGUCCUUGGCCGCGACAUGUUUUGGAAUACUGGGAGAGGCGAAAUGAAAAAAAUAUUUUGUUUUUGAAGUAUGAAGAUGUAGUCAGGGAUUUACCUGCUGCCAUUAGAACUGUAGCAGCGUUUCUGGGUCGUUCGUUGACAGAUGAGGACGUUGCUAGAAUAGCGAACCAUUGUCAUGUGGACAAGAUGAGGAACAACGACAAGGUCAAUAUGUCAUACUGGAGAGACAUAAAAUAUGUGGAUGAUAAUUCCGAAGGUGGCUUUAUUAAUAAAGGUCGGCCAGGAGUUUGGCGUGAAGUUCUGACACAAGACCAUAUUGAUAAAAUUGAUACGUUACUACAAGAAUUGGACGGCUCCGGGCUAGAACUUGAGCAAAUGAAGUUAACAAUGGCAGAACAGACAAAUGAGGCUUCUGAAGAAAAACCUCGUAUUCAGCUAGGAAGAAAGCAGUAUAAGGGAAUAUGGAUGUUUGACAAUGAAAUAGAAGAAAUUGAGACAAUGGACACAAGAGAGGACGAUAUCUGGGUCUGCACAUUCCCGAGAUCAGGUACAACUCUAACACAGGAGAUUACGUUUCUUGUGCAGACAAUGGAUUUUGAUAAAGCCAGAUCUGUUCAGUUAGAUGACAGAUUCCCUAUUAUAGAAGUUAAGGAUGACAGAUUUCCGUAUUACCGAGGUAUAAAGUUUAUCGAAGAAAUGCCUUCACCAAGAAUGAUAAAAUGCCAUCUGCAUCACUUCCUACUACCAGAACAACUACAGAAAGGGAAAGGACGUAUUAUAUACGUUGCCCGGAAUCCAAAAGAUAUUGUAACUUCCUUUUACCGCCUCAUGCAGUGGGGUGAUGGACUAAAUCAAACUGAUGGUACAUGGGAUCUAUUUGUUGAUGCUUUUGUCACGGGCACGGGACACAAUGGAUCUUGGUCCCGUCAUGUUCUUGAGUUUUGGAAUCGACGAAAUGAUCCUAAUGUUCUUUUCUUGAAAUAUGAAGACCUCGUCAAGGAUAUGCCGAAAGCUGUCAGGAAAAUUGCUGAUUUUUUAGAUAGGCAAAUUACCGAUGAUGAUGUGGCUAGGAUAUGUGACCACUGCCACGUUGACAACAUGCGUAAGAAUGACAAAGUUAAUAUGUCAUACUGGAGGGAUAUCAAAAAGGUUUUCGAUGAUACAGAUGGUGGAUUUAUCAACAAAGGUAAAGCUGGAGCAUGGAAGGAGCUGCUUACACCUGAUAAAGUGGAAAAGAUUAAUGGAUUGCUAAAAGAAAUAGAAGGAUCUGGACUGACUUUUGAUGAAGAAUAAGCAGUGUCACGAGCACUGUUUGUGUUAAAUGCUAAAUGUCACAAGACCAGCGUUUACAUUGCACAUAGCAAGCUGCAUUAGACAAGGACUUCACAGAUUUAUUAGUACUCUGCCAAUUUCAUCACAUAUUGACAAAUAAAAGCAUUUGUAGUGCCAUUUUACACUAAAUGCAAUAUAUUAUAUGCUGGAGACGUUACUACAUUUUACCGUUCCACGUUUUAUACCUAAUAGAUUCAAUAAAUACUCAAAUUUGUUUCUGUAUAAUAAACAUGAAAAACUAAAA